GUUUUUUUUUUUUUUUGAGUAAAUAAGUGAGGCUUUACCCAUCCACGCUACAAAGCAAUCAAUUGCUUGGAUUUGAGAUUUAUUUUAUGUAUAUAGCACUGCAUCUCUCAUUUGUGCCUGCCAGGUAACGAACAUACUGAAUGAGCUGGAUUUUCCAAAAAACAUAAAGGUAGAAUUAGUCAGGUGUGAUUCUGGAUGACUCCAUUUCCAUGCUAGCCUGACUGUCAUGACGUUGCUGUCCUAUGCAGCAAAUUAAUCAAUACCAACCUUUUAAAAGCAGUGGUUAGUUUAAAAGCCCAAGAGAAAGACUGACUGUUAACAUAAUUAGAUUUCCAGCUCCAAUUUCCAGGUUAGGAUAUUAUGGACACGUUUGUUCCUAUCACAUUUGCUUUGUGGUUUAGUAUGAAUUUUCAAUAGAUGGCUCUGCGAUAAGAAAGCAGCAAUUCAGAUGCAAUUAUAUAAACAGGAAGAUAAGCCUGGAAUUAGCCUGGAGUGUAUAAAGCACACAGAGUUGGUGCUAGAUCACUGCCUCUCCCAGCUCAAGGCAGAAUCAGGCUCCUGAAAUAGGGAAGAAUUCAUCUGACAAGAGGUUGGUCUUUCCAGACUCGUACUACUGCAGCCACUGGGUAAACUGGAUCGUGUAAUGAAUGGCUUUUGUUAUAGGAAAAUGACAGCUGGAAGAGACUAGAGGGUGAUUCCAGAUAUUUGUAGGCUCUGUCAUGUAGAAUUUGUAGUUUCAAAGAGAGAAGAAAACAUCCUGAAACUGUUCUGGAGCCAAGCAAAGCUUUGUUUCUGGGAUUCCUGAGCAGGCCUGGGAAACGGGGUCAGCACAACGGAGGGAUUAAGUGUGGGUUCAUCAAUUUGAACUCUUUGCUGAUGUUCUCUGUUGUCAUUUGCUUGCAUCUAUUAUUUAAUUCUUGCCAGCGCUCCCAUUUCAUCAUGUUUUUAAGCCAGCUUGACAGUAAAAAUUACAGCAGUGUCUAAUGUCUAAUAUAAUGUCUAACAUGCACAACUAUUUUUUAUCCUACCUUGAGCAUUUGAUAAGAUGCCUUCUUUAAAAAAAUAUUUUAAAUUAAUGAGAUUAUUUUAGCAGCUUUGGUUAAUUCUGGAGCUCACGGCCUCUGAUGUGUCACAUUCUCAAAUCCUUUAUCAGGAAAGGAUAGGAAAACCUACUACUAUUUCUCUGCAACAGUGUUUUAUCACUCGUUAGUGAAAAGUUCUAUGUCAUAUGGUUCAGUGGGAAAAGGUGAAUAUGGUGUGUUAUGUUUGAGUUAUUUGUCCUCUGUCCGUCCAGUGGUUAGAAUUAUUUCAAUUGCAUUUCCAGGAUUAGAAAGAAUUUGUGAAGCUGUGCCUGAAAAAGUUGAGAUUACAUCUAAUGUGUGACUGUCAGAGCUGUUCUUGUCAAAUUCUAAGGAAAGGACAUGAAGACACAUCUAAUUUUAAUUAAGGUUUCUGUUUUUUCCCCCUCCUGUCUAGCAUGAGUCCCUUCUUCAUGAUGUCUCUCCUCUUUGGCCUGACUUUUGGUCAAACAGCAUCAAUUUGUGCUCCUUCAGAGUACACAAUUCACGUGGAGAAACGGGAGUGUGCCUAUUGCCUGGCCAUCAACACCACCAUCUGCGCUGGAUUCUGCAUGACACGGGACAGCAAUGGCAAGAAGCUGCUACUCAAAAGUGCUCUGUCCCAAAACGUGUGCACAUAUAAAGAGAUGCUGUAUCAAACAGCACUGAUUCCGGGCUGUCCUCAUCACACCAUCCCUUACUAUUCUUACCCCGUGGCCAUAAGCUGCAAGUGUGGCAAAUGUAACACUGAUUACAGUGACUGUGUCCAUGAGAAGGUUAGGACAAACUACUGCACUAAGCCACAGAAGCUCUGUAACAUGUGAGCUUCCACCAGAACACGGCAGAAAUGUACCUCUCUGCUCACAACCAAGCAUAAAUAAAACAAUAUUUCAUAACAGGUUUGCAAACUGGUGUGCACAACGUUUUAUUCUGAAGAGGGAUCACAAGAGUUACUGCAAUGAACUGGAUAUUCACGCACAGAAGCAGAACCAUAGGACUGAAAUUCAUAUUUAGUGCUCAGCUAUAAUUUACUUUAGGAAAGAAAAAAGAACUGUGUAUCUAUGGGCCUUUGCUCUUAAUCUCCAGGUACUGCAUGAACAAAAUAAUUGAUAUAUCUUAGGACUAUGCAUGCUCUCAGUAUUAAACAUUUCAAUUAGACUGACACAGCCUUGCAGCCCUUAUAGCAGCAACUGUUUUUACACGUAUGUAACACUGGAUGCUUUGAGGACCCUAUCUGUACUGUGCAUUCAGCUAGAACUAAGCACGUGCUGUUGCACACAGUUCUGCUUCAUCCCUAGCAUCACCCAGACCUGUGCUCAUUAGCAUCAUUAGGCAUAGCGCCUCGUGUCUUUGCUCUAGCAGAGCAAGUUCCUCUUGUUGUGCUAUUAGACUGAAAAGCCUUGCUACUGUUGUCUGGAAGAGGAGCAGUGAAGCUCAGAAAGAAGCUCUUUUUCCCCACACAGGUCAGCCAGCCCUUUCAGUGUGCUGGGGGGCUGAGUCCAUCACACGUGCUGAACACAAACAGGGGAGAAACGCAGACCCAGGAAUAUGAAAAUAAAUGUAACAUAAUAAAUGUUUCCUUUUCUUUAGAGCUGGUGACUCAGGGGCAAGCUGUGGUCACACUACACCAACCACUGAGCAGGAGAGCUAGUUUCCACCUGCUUCAACUGCCUCUAAUACAUACAGAAUCCAUUGGCAGUUGCAGCUUUUCCCCUCAUCUCUAUCACCUACAACAGGACUGGUGAAAACAGUUUGACCUGCAUCUGCUCAAGCAAGUGUGACAUCUGCUGAUCCAAGAGCAGCAGGUAGGUCAGCAGGGCUGCACUGAAGACAUGAAUACAGCCAGCAGGAAAUAAGUAAAACCUUCCAUGCUUCCACGAGUGAGGGACAAGAUCACCAUUCAGGUCUUUGCAGAAGCAGCCAGGAGAACAAAUCUACUGUAUGCACAAACAACGUGGUAAAAAUAUUUUUUAUCAACAAGGAAUUGUAAGAAUGACUUCAGAAUUGCAGCUCCGUGCAGCAGUGAGAGCUUCCAAGCCCCAUUAAAUACAACAUUAUAAUAUCUUAAAUCACUGUUGAAAGCUUUAUUUUAUUGCUGCUCCCCAACCAUUUGUUUUGGCCUGUAAAGGGGGUUAUCUCAGUAGAGCUCUCUUAAUUAUUCAGUGAUUGCAAAUGUGUGAUUAUGAGAAAGAUUCUUCUCUUAAAAGGGAGCAUUAAAUGGUACAGAUUUAUCUGCUGCUAUCAUCUACAUCUGCAGACACACAUAAGCUCUUUCAGCUAUCCAGGUAAAUACUUGCUUUAUUUUGGCAAGUAACAAAUCCAGAACAUCCCUACAGCCAGAAAGGUGAAAACAAACUUGUUAUGCUCAGCUUGAGUCCUCAUCCACACUCAGCAAUUGCCUUUGUGCCCACUGAGAAUUAACCUGCUGAUAACCUCACAGUCACUGUGCACUCAGCACUGAUCUUAUAUUCAUUUUUUUUCCUGUUUAUUUUUGCUUCCAGCAACACCAGAAGAGGGUUGAAAAAGCUCUACAAAACAACACAAUUAAAUUACAUAUCAUUAUAGUUUUGGUUUUUUUAGAAUUAACUGAAAGUUUCAAUUUUUCUUUGCAUGGGAGGCAAGUUGCACACAUCUGCUAUACGUCUUGCCCUUUUAAAAUCAUCUGCAUUCCUGCAUACAUUAUUUAUUCUUAGGAAUAAAUAGUAACUUAGGAAGAAGUAGUAACUUUUCCUAGGAAAGGCUUUGUUGCCUUGAUAAGUGCCAAUCAGUUCUUAAAACCACGCGUUGACCUUCCCAAAGGCUUUGCCCAAGAGCAGCAUGUGGUACCAUUCCAGAGCAAAAUACUCCCUGGGAGUGAGGAUGUCUGAUACUUCCCAAGCCCCAAUACAACUAUAAAAAGCAUAGGGAAAGAAGAUGUAAGAAAGCUUUGGACCAUCAAGUCCUGAACAAGUUAUCUGGCUUUGCAAUUCAGUAACACUUUCACUUAGCAGGAGGAAAGAAGAAAAGGAACUAUACCUCCUUACAGCAAUAAGUGACACAGCAAAAUUAUUGCUAUGAUCCCUCGUGGCUGCAUGGACACACCUUCAGCCUAACAGCAUGCAUGCAAAAAGAAGUUAACCCAGUUGUAUGGUUAAAGCCUAUGGGAAUGCACAGAGAAAAACAGCUAGAAUCAUAGAAUGGUUUGGGUUGGAUGAUUUCUUUUGUGCUAAAAAGAAAAAUCACAACAAGAAUUAAGGCACUUGAGUGAGUCUUAUGCAUCAUUUCAAAUACCCUUUGCAUGUUCUCAAAGCACUUUUUCCCUUUUGGCCUUUCAGCAAUGUGUUUUCAAGUUGAAGACCAUUGAGUCCAGCAACAACCCUUUCUCAAGUCAGGAAUUCCUUCAGGUCAGUCGCUUGGGUGACUGUGCUGUAUCUCAUGGUGUCUUUCCAUAUAACCAAGCAACGGGAGUGCAGACAGUCCUACGAUGUUGAGAAGAGGCAAAGAUCUGAGAUCCAGCCAGGAAAUCACAGCAAAGCAUGGGAGCACACAGGAGGGCACCAGGACAGCCUCUGAGAGCCUUGUAUUGCUGGUUAUUUUUUAUUAGAACAUCGUUUCAAAUUCAAGACAAUAAAACCAACACAUUUCCACUUUAGUACACAUUAAACCAAAGGAAAGCAAAAGCUGCCUUCAGCAACAGGAUAAGCAUUGCUCCAUUUCCUUCUCGUUUCCCACAGAGAGCUGUGAUAGAGAUAAUGCUGCUACAGACAAAUAUCCCAGUUCUGCCCCAAAUCAGAAUUUGUGCUGUAGAAACAAAUGUCACCUUGGAAGCAGUUUGUGUAGUGGAGAACCCAGUAGUGACCAGAGAAGUGAGAUUGGUGAGCUUCGUUAUGUGGGUGUCCUACAAACAGCACCUGAUGCUGUUAAUCAGCCUCUGAAGGCUGUAAGAGCAUUUGGAGGCUUAAGAUAACCCAAUUUCCUUCUCAAUACACAUGAAAUAUGUCUUGCUAUAAAACUAUCACUUUUGGUAUAAAAGUGAAAUAUGAUUCUCACUGUAGGGAUAUUAAAGGGCUGUGCUUCAUCAGCUCCUGCUCAGUCUCUGCAAGAUAGGCUGCAGUUAGCUUGUAAUACGUGAAGCUCCCACUGGAGGCUGUUACUCAGGAAAACUAGACAAGGGAAUGACGAAUAAUGAUCUUGAAAGAAAUAAGAAAAGAAUCAACUAUUUACACGUUUAUACUCGAGAACAAGGUGGCUGACUGGGUAGGAAGAAGAUGUGUGCUGUGCUUUCAGAGUUAUCCCCAGAAGGUUUUGGUCUGUUGCCACUUUCCUGACUAGAUGGGCACUUCUGCUGACUUCUGAGGCAGUCAGUACCAAUCUGGAGCAGAAGCUGUUUAAUUAAAUCCUGAUAUUCAGCUUUGGAGCAUGAAGUGUACCUGAAGCAGCUCAAGUACUGAGUUGGAUUUAGUUACAUCUAAAAAUCCUUCUUACUGAGGAUGCACAGUGCAGUUACUUGGAAAUGAUUCCGUACUGCCAGUGAAGAAUAGAGGACUUGCACCAUUAAGAGUUGAAACGAGCAGAGCCCACUGGUCUGUGAUGCAAUACCUCUCUGCAAAUGGGGACCUGAGGUUCAGCCUGGAAACUGCUCACGUUGCUGAGCACGCAGCUGUUAUCACAGUUCACGUUUAGUGCAAUUUUUAAUGCUAUUUUUGUGCAAAACAGCUGCUGAUAGGCUCUUGGUGACACCACACAAAGCACUCACAGUAGGCCAAUAGCUGCAUUAUACAGAAAGAAGCACUGAACUCACCCAGCUGGUGAAGGGGCUCUCUGGCGAUGCAGCACCCCUCAGGAAGCAGCCUAGGCCCAAGAGAUGCCCUCCCCUCAGUGGCUGCCCCUUAGAUGAGCCCAGGAUGGCUCUGCAUUGGGUUCAGCCCUUCUGGGCAGAUGGGAGAGCACAAGUGCAAACAAUGUGCUCCUGAGGCCAACAGCACCCCUUCACCAGGUGCUCAAUCACCAGUUCAAGCCCCGACCUAAGGGUUCCCCUACAAGUGCACAGCUGUAUCAAUGGCACUGGAUAGUCACAGCUUGCGGGUGAACAAUUUGGAAAGUGACAUCCAUGUAAAAGACAGCAAGAUGUGUCAAUUAAGUGGGAAACGUGGAACAGCAGCACCAUUUCCAAUAUAUGAAAUAAGAGAAAACUGAUAGAAAUUGGAGUUUCUGUUGGAAAUGAGAGACAAACAUCAGGAGGGAUGUAUGUUACACACAAACACAGCUACUGCACUGCACGUAUUACCUGAAGUGCCAUCAUGUUUUAGAGAGAUAAAUGACUUGUAAACACCAAAUCUCAUUAGGCAUCAUGGACCAUUCCACUGAGACACUUAACUGAGCUCUUAGACCCAUUCUCUUAAAAAAGAACAACUGCAUAAGAACUCGGAGCUAGUAAUAAUUCAAGGGGCAUUGCUAGCAGAAAGUUAUUCUUUGAAAUGCUAAAUUAACUGGACUAAGGAAAAAAUUAAGAGAUUCUGAGCCCUUGCUGUAAUUUUUUUGCUCUUUCUGGGAACAAACUUUCUCCCUUCUAGGCUGCUUUAGAAGGAACACUCUCAUAAAUAAGUAUGAAGAAUAUAAAAAUAACAAUAUAGAAACAAAUAACGCAAAGGCAAGCCCUGAGGUAUUUCAAGAACAGUAUUUUUUUUUAUACUUGACAUGCAAUCUACAAAUGCCAGCAAGAAAAUUUACUUUGUGGCUCUGCUCUUCUACUUUUUUCUUUUUUUUUUUUUCUUUUUUAGAAAAGAAGUCCCAUCUUUCUUUUCUGCCUUACGCCUGCAGGAAGGGGUGGGAGGUUGAGGUAGGAGCCCUCAGGAAGCUGUGAUAGUCACAGAAGCAAAACCAGAGGAUAUUAAAGUGCUGUGUGUUUUUCCCUGACUAUUUUUUCUCCUCCAUUGGAUUCUACACACCAGUUAGGCUCUACAGGGCAUCGGACAAAGCUGCUGCUUUUCUUAACAUAGGUUCUACUCCUGCACCAGCAUUAUAGAUCAUAGUCUUACAGCAUAAAGGGACUUCUGAACUAAGAUUUUAGUGGCCCCUUUAACACAUAGAGGUUUUGGUGGUUUGGUUUUGGUCUCAGGCUGGUAUGGGAAGCUUAACCACACCGUGUGUUACAAUCGCUCCCAAAUGACUGCAUGCUGCCAGCUUCCUACCUCCUCCCCUCUUUGUUUAGCCCAGGUCUCCUUGGACUGUUUCCUCCCACAGAGCUUUCUGUACUUGCACGAAAACGCAACUGGACUUAAACAAAAACAAAACUCAGGUCUGUGCACGCCAGUGAAGUCACAGAAUCACAGAAUGGCUGAAAUUGGAAGGGA